AUGGAGGAAAACAACUCACUGGUGUAUGGGCUCGAUUUUCAGGCGAGAGCGCUCGCAUCGCAGCAGGCCGAAAGCAAUGAUGUACGGUUUUUCGUCGCUACCCAAAGCCUCAAACCAAACAACCACUUGCACGUAGUCGAUCUGAACGAAGACAGUUCCGCCCUGCAGUCGCGUAUCUUCACCCAUCCGUACGGAGAAGUAUGGCGGCUAACGGCAAGUGCACACAAUCCACGCCUACUAGCCAGCUGCUACAGUCUGCUCAAAGGUACACAGGUCGUGAUGGAGACGGCGCUCCUAACUCUGCCGGAAUCUCUCGAACCUAAGGAUGGUGAUCUGGAGUUCCUGACGUUCCAGAACGUGGAAACACUACCGACGAGUGGGUAUGGUGCGGAAAUACGUACCACCGAGUUCCACCCUACCGAUGCAAACCAGCUGGCCUGUGUGGUGGAUGGUAAGAUAGUUCUGUUUAAUCGGGCCGAAGCAGCAACCCGCAUGGUGGCGGAAAUUAAUGCGAAAAAUGUGCCGAAGUUCACAACCGGCCGAUGGUCCCACUUUCAUCAGGGUAAUCAUUUCAUAGCAUUGCAUGACUGUAGCAUAAGAUCGUACGAUGUACGGGAUCCCAACCAUGUCGUGUGGACCAUCGAGGAAGCGCAUAGCCAGAUGGUGCGCGAUUUAGAUUGUAACCCGAACAAACAGUGUCACAUCGUGACGGGUGGAGAUGACGGUGUGAUGAAGGUGUGGGACUUCCGUAACACCAAAGAGCACGUGUUUGCGCGCAGCGAUCAUCAUCACUGGAUAUGGAGUGUGCGAUUUAACACGUACCACGAUCAGCUGAUACUUUCCAGCGGAAGCGACGGUAAGGUGCUGCUCACUUGUGCCGGUAGUGUGAGUUCUGAGGCGCCGGAAAUUAUAACGGGCGAUGCAGUGGAGCAAGUGGUCGGCAAUGAACCGAGGGAACAUUUGGCGGAUGGAUUGCUGCAAACGUUCGAUCAGCACGAGGAUUCGGUAUAUGGUGUAGAGUGGAGUACGGCCGAUCCGUGGAUGUUUGCAUCAUUGAGCUACGACGGACGAAUGAUAAUCUCCAAGGUGCCGAAGCAGUACAAAUAUCAGAUACUGCUGUAA